CGCAGGCGUAGUGUGUAUUCUUCGCUCAGCACACGGGAGGGAACAGAAGGCGGAGUUGGGCGCGUUAUGGGCGGAGGGACGGCGCAGGGCUCAGAUAGCCCGCUGGGGGGUUGAGGAGGAAGGAAUAAGCGCGUGCGCAGCGCGCACUCAGCUCUCCAGGAGAAGUAGGCGGAAGCGCAGAGCGCACUCUUAGUCUUAGACCAUUAGGGCAGCAUGCGCAAACGCUGUGUGUAUACUUCAGCCCGCUAGAGGGGAAUAGGCGUAUGCGCACUGCGCGCUCUUAAAGCGAGGAGGGGAGGAAAUAGGCGCAUGCGCACUCUUAGAACGCUUGGGGAAGUAGGCGCAAGUGCAGUACAGUACACACUCAGAACGACAGAGGGAAAAGAGAAAGGAAUAGGAGCAUGCGCAGUGCGCACUCAGAACGCUCGGAGUAGAUGGGAAUAAGCGCAUGCGCAGUGUGCAGUCUUAGAAUGCUAGAAGGAAAUAGGCGCAUGCGCAGUAUGCACGCUUCAGCCCGUAACGGGGAGGAGAAAGGAGCAGGCGCAUGCGCAAUACUCGGGUUUCUGCGCAUACGCAGUGCGUCCUGCCGUAAAGCGAGGCAGCAACUGCCAGUUCCUCCCCCUCAACCGUCCGCGGCGGUUCGGUGAGAGCAAGCGCAGGAUGUCGUCGUCCCCGCCGGGCCCUUUCCCGGGGCGCUCGGUGAAGCUGUGGGUGAGCAAGUUCCCUCCGCGGACGACGAAGGAGGAGCUGUGGCAGCUGUUCGAGGACGUGGCUCCGGACGAGGUGCUGAACGUCUCCCUGCGGGGGCUCUCGGCCACGGUGCGCAUGCGCGACGAGGCGGCCGGGCAGCGCGCCAUCUUCCAUCUCGACGGGUACCUCUUCCGUGGCUUCAACCUCCUCGUCCGCCGCUUCCGGGGCUUCAAGAUCUUCGUCGGCUGCGUCGCCAGCGCCUGCACCAGCGACGACGUCCGCGCCCUCUUCGAGGAGUUCGGGCCCGUCGCCGAGUGCGACAUCAUCAAAGACUAUGCGUUCGUUCACAUGGAGAACGAGGAGGACGGUAGAGCCGCCAUUGAACACCUUAAUGGGAUGGAACUCAAAGGGAGAAGGAUUUGCGUGGAACGCUCAACUAAAGAUCGUAAGACUGGGACACACCAGCAGAAUAGGGAGUACAAUUUUGAAGCUGGGAAGAACAAAAUGCCAGCCGCCUCUUACAGAGACGAGCCGUCGGUUUCACUCGAGGUGGACUAUAGACCCCAGCCUACAACUAGGCGGGCGGCAGCAUACAGAGAUGAGGCCCAUUAUGAAGACAACAGCCAGCCAGCUGCAUCCAGUAACCGCUCUUUCUCCGCACAGUCCCAUUCCUAUGAAGGCCAGCCAUCUGUCAACCGUUCCACUUCCUAUGGGGCCCGGGCUGCGUCUGAUAUGCCACCUACAUAUAGGGCACAAUCCCAUUCCUAUGAAGGCCAGCCAUCUGUCAACCGUUCCACUUCCUAUGGGGCCCGGGCUGCGUCUGAUGUGCCACCUAAAUAUAGGGCACAGUCUGCUUACGAUAUGCAGGAUGCCACUGGUACUUCCUAUGCUACACAGUUCUCUGAUUCCCUGUCAACACAUGACAGAGCGUCAGUGGAGGCCGCAGGCACAAUGCACCAGUCAGGUUACAGGGCUCAGCCAGCGCACAGUGGGAUGACUCAGACAUCUCAGCAGGCAGUAUCACGGUCUGAAACCACUUCCCGUCCAUACGAGCGUAUCCGCCUCUCCCCACCGCGCAGUAACCACGAGGAUUACUACAGAGAAGCAAACACGAUAAAUAACAGGUAUGCGACAAAACAAGCGGCUGAUAGUUUCCGUCCACCGUACGAGUACAUUCACGCCUCUCCGCCGCGUUACGGCCACGAGAAUUUCGAUAGAGAUGCAAACGCCGCGAAUAAGAGAUAUGCCUCAAGGCAAGAGACAGGCGCUCUCCGUCGACCUUACGAACGUGUUCGGCUUUCCCCGCCACGUAGCACCCGAGAGAAUCUGAGAGGGAGCGCUGUGAGUAAGAGGUUCUAUCCUGACUACAGAUGAUUGCCAUUCAUCUGACGUCCCAAGAAUCCCGCCGUUUACCAUAGCCCCCCUCCACCGUUGACAAAACCCGAAGCGGAUAACCCCAGUCUCCCGAAAUACAGUCCGAUCAUAUCCAGUAUGCUAGUGCCCACGUUGACUACUUGCUUGGCAGGUAACUGGGUCCUCUUUACCAGUGACACUGCGGAAGAUGCUUCGUCACCCCAAACCUUUUCUGGGGUGGAACUGUCUCGCUUUUUCUGACGCCCGACAACGCGCUUCGCAUAACCCCAGCUACUACGCUCUCGAUGAGCGGCCUUCGACAUUUGGUUUUAGGGUAUCGCUUCAACCGCUACAUUUCUUUACACCUUUGGUCAUGAGUGCCAUGACAGCUAGGCAUUUUAGCACUUGCGUUUCUUUUUGUUGUUCUUAUACUGAAUAAAAAGUCUUAUGUACUUAAGUCAGCCGUAUGUCACCGUUGAAUAUUAACAGGUUUCCACAAGAGUUAUUUGAGUUACCCUCUUUUAGUUCAGACUCUGGCCGUAGGAGCAAGCUGUACAUUGCUACACAUUCAAUUAUUUAAAGCCAGGUAUGGAAGAAGAACAGAACAAGCCCCAAAAGCUCGCUUGAUUUGCUUUAAACCAGUGGUUUGGGUUUUGGUUUUUUUUUGCAUUAAUAUCUUAAUGGAAAAAAAAUUGAAUCCUGCUUAUUAUGUCAAUAAUGUGAAACAUUAGUUUACGUAUUAGAAAGCUUGAUCAACCAUGUUUUAAUGCUUUCUAACGUUAACAAUCCCAAGGUAUUAGGCUUUGGUGUGAUUUACAUCUUUCAAUAAAACACCAAUGUUUCACUG